CAUUGGCCCUCUUUCUAUAAAUGUUCUCUCAAGGGGAGGAGCUAGAGGAGGAGGUCAAGGAAGAGGGAGAAAAAAAAGAAAAGGCGUGAAGAAAGGAUAGAACAGAGAAAAAAAUGACUGGUUCAACCACCAGAGGGCAGCAUCGUUAUGCUGGAUAGAUAGAUGGCUAAAACUGAAACAAACACACGCACACGUUGUAGAUGACUUUCUGGACUAGUGUCAUAAUUGACUCUAAAGGCUCACAUAUCUCUCAUGUAAUGGUUGACUCUCAAGCUUCUCAUGUCAUUGAUCAUUCUCAAGGUUCUCGUGUUGUAAUUAGUUGGGGUUGGGCGAUAUUUGUACAUACUGGUAUAGACUCUAAAAUCGUUAUAAACAUCAAACCCUUCCCGACCUAAACAGGUUGACACGACGAUAAAACACUGGCGAAAGUUGGGUCGAUUAGCAUUUUUUUUACUAGGAUGUGUUUAUCUUUUUAAUGUAGCUCGUUUUAGCCGUUAUCAUAUUCUUCACACACACGGAAGACACUUCCGUGACUGUACUUCAAAAUAAGAGCGCCAUAUGCAGUUGGAAUCGCACGGGUGACUACGUCGUCAUCACAAGCUCAGACAUUACAGUUUGUUGAAUAUUUAGCCGUAGCAAUAUGUGAUGAGGCUGACAUCCCAUUAGAAAGCUAGCGACUGUAUUACUGUAGCGGCAGCUGAAUAACGGUAGUCAAGGAUGGCUGUAUUCAGUUGGCCGUUUAUUUUGAAAAGCAACGUAAGGCACUUACUUACUGUCCUGUCCUGCCGGCAGACCUAGCUACACAUGUCAACAAGCAGCAGUAGUUCCUUAGAACUCUUCUUCUACUCCCUUUUCUUCCAACCGCCCGCCCCAAACCCGCAAGCUGAACUCGACUGCCCUCUAGUGUCCACACACAAAACAGCAGCUUGGAACGACACUCCCAACGUAACAUUACCAAUAAAAACAUACAUAUGCUUUACAAUUCGGAACAAGUGUAUUUCGUUAUAUGGCUUAAGGUUUGUAGCUUUUUAUACAAGACUAACGGAAUUUAAAUUAGAUUUUGGCUUUUGUGAUACACCCCCCAAAUAUUGUGAUAUAUACUAAGGUCUAUGUCGCCCGACCCGUAGUUCUCAUGUUGUAUUUGACUCUUGUGCUCAAUUUGUAGUGGACUCUCUAAGGCAGGGGUCUCAAAUGUGGCCCGCAGGACACUAGUUUGAGGCCCCCCGCCUUGAUAUGAAAGUUUAACGUUAGUGCAGCCCACGCAAGUUUGAUAUGGAUGCUGUAUGGUAUCAUGUACCCAGUAAAUGCGUUUUUUUUUUUUGAAAACCUGAUGCGGCCCAGCCUUGUCCAGACCCUAGCUCCAGUGGCCCCCAGGAGAGUCAUCACCAAGUCGGUCGUGCAGAAGCAGGCGUUGGAGUCCAGCGGCGGAGCUGACUGGAGCGAGAGCGCCCAGUGUGGAGAUCACGUGUGGUUCGAAGCGAGCGCUUCAGGAGACGUUUGCUACGUGGGCGAGCAACGCUGUUUGGUCAAGUCUUUGCAAAAGUCAGCAGCCAGGAAGAAAUGUGCGGCUUGUAAGAUCUCGGUGCACGUGACGUGCAUGGAGGAGCUGGACAAGAUCAACUUCAAGUGCAAGCCGUCAUUCAGGGAGGCGGGGUCACGCAUGGCUCGAGAGGGCAAUGCCAUGCGCCACCACUGGGUUCAUCGACGGCGCCAGACAGGAAAAUGCCGCCAGUGCGGGAAGGGAUUCCAAGCCAAGUUUUCUUUUCACAGCAAAGAGAUCAUCGCCAUCAGCUGCUCGUGGUGCAAACAGGCGUACCACAACAAGGUGACGUGUUUCAUGCUGCAGCACAUCCAAGAGUUCUGCUCGCUUGGCGCCCACGCCGCCGUCAUCAUCCCACCCACGUGGAUCCUGCGAGUGAGGCGACCUCAGACGUCGCUGAAGUCGAGCAAGAAGAAAAAGACGUCGUUAAAAGUAAACAAGACUAACAAGAAGGCAGCAGAGGUCAGGAUGUGGCGUCGGCUGGUCUUAUUGGUGUUUAGCUUCGCUGUGUCAGCAUUUCGCAUACCUGAUGCUGUAUUUGUACCUCAGCUCCAAGAUGGCUACUGGAAACCCUUCCUGGUCAAGCCCCGCCCCUCUCACCUCAUGAAGCCCUUGCUGGUGUUUGUCAACCCCAAGAGCGGCGGAAAUCAGGGCACCAAAAUCAUCAAGUCGUUCAUGUGGUACUUGAACCCUCGACAGGUGUUUGACCUGACCAGAGGAGGACCUGAGGAGGGAUUAGAACUUUUUGCCAAAGUUCCCAACUUGAGGAUCCUGGUGUGCGGCGGCGACGGGACGGUGGGAUGGAUUUUGUCCGUGUUAGAUCAGCUGAAGCUCCACCCCCAGCCACCUGUGGCUGUCCUUCCUCUGGGAACAGGAAAUGACUUGGCGAGGACGCUCAAUUGGGGAGGGGGUUACACAGAUGAGCCUCUCACCAAAAUCCUGUCGCACGUGGAGGACGGUAACGUCGUGCAGCUGGACCGCUGGAACGUACGUGUGGAGGUCAACAAACUUUGUGAGGAAAGCGAGGAGCAUCAGGCCAACAAGCUCCCCAUGGAUGUGUUCAACAACUACUUCAGUCUGGGCUUCGACGCUCACGUCACACUCGGCUUUCACGAGUCCCGAGAGGCCAACCCAGAGCGGUUCAACAGUCGCUUCAGAAACAAAAUAUUCUACGCUGGGACAGCGUUUUCAGACUUCCUCAGUGGGAAUUCCAAAGAUUUGUCCAAGCACAUCACAGUUGUGUGUGAUGGCGUGGACCUGACAACCAAAGUCCAGGAGCUGAAGCUCCAGUGUCUCCUCUUCCUUAACAUCCCAAGGUACUGCGCUGGGACAACACCCUGGGGUCACCCUGGCGAACAGUACGACUUUGAGCCGCAGCGCCUUGACGAUGGCUGCAUCGAGGUCAUCGGUUUCACUAUGACCUCUUUGGCUACGCUGCAGGUCGGAGGUCACGGUGAGAGGCUCCAGCAGUGCAAGGAGGUGACCCUGACCACCAACAAGGUCAUCCCCGUGCAGGUGGAUGGUGAGCCGUGCAAGCUGGCGCCCUCCAUCAUCAACAUCAGCCUGAAAAAUCGGGCCAACAUGGUCCAGAAGUCGAAGAGAAGGUUCUCCAUGGCACACCUCAACAAUCAGCAACUGGUCCCUGAGAGGCUCGACGUCCAAGUGAACAAGAUUAACAUGGCCGCCUAUCAAGCUCUUCAUUACGACAAAGACCUCCUGAAGGACUCAUCUGUGCCUCUGGGCGUGGUGAGCGUACCCGGGGACAGCGACCUGGAAAUGUGUCGCCUCCUCAUCCAGCGUCUUCACAACAACUUGGACCAGGACGGUGCGGCCGCAGCAGCCGACAUGCUGUCCAUCAACUGGUGCUUCCUGGACUGUACCACUGCCGACCGCUUCUACCGCAUCGACAGAGCUCAGGAGCACCUCAACUUGGUGAGCGACAUUUGCCAGGAUGAGCUCUACAUCCUGGACCCGGAAAUCGUUGCCAAGGAGACAUUGGCCCCACCGGCUAUGCCUGACCUGGUGCACCCCGACGAGCGUCAGGACCAGCUGGGCCUCGUCUGCAGCUCUUCCAGCGGCGCCGCCUCACAUCACACUGAUCAUGAAGAAGUAGACGUGAUGGCGUGCGUCCACCCCCGAGACCGGGACAAUAUGGCUGCCAGCAGGAAGUGAGGAAGCCACGCACGUGAACUCAAGCUCACAUUGUUGAACGUGAUUUUAAUUGCGAUAUUUAAUACUAAACAAGAGUUUAAACAUGUAAUAUUAAACAUUAUAUUUAAUAAGAAAUACUGAUGAUUUUAAACAUAUCUUAACAUUGAAUAUGAUUUCUAAACAUACUGUAUUUAAGAUUAAGUUAUUAAGCGCUAUUAAACAUUAGGUUAUUAAGGACAAUUUUAAAGUGUGUUUUCUUCUUCUUGUAAAUGAUUUAACCAUUGAAUGAUCAAAUCAAGUCAAUAAAGAUGAAAUGUAAUCAAACACAAAUGAUGAUUCAGUCAUUCAUCAAAUCAAACACACACACACACACACAAAUUGAUAAAACCUAAUUCACAAAGUAGGCAUUCAUUUUACUAAACUAUAUUAAGACAUGAUUCACUUGUUCACACACAUGAAUUACCACAGUUCCCCAGAGUUCCACCAGGGGUCACUACUGGGGCCAAAACUGUUCAACUUGUACAUCAAUGAUAUCUCCAC